UACCCUGUCCCGCAUGGUGCUGACACGCAGACCCAGCGCGGGACCAGACAGCCCUGUUUCCCACGGGUCUCAUUCGUGGCCAUCGUAGGCCCGAGCCUCAUCGAGGUCCCCAGGACUCUUGCCCUGUUUUCCUGCUCUUCAUGCUUGCUUUAAGAAUUGGUUUGGUUGGAGUGUCUGGCUGUACAGACAGGGAGUGCGGGGAAAAUUGAAGCGGCGGAGCCCAGGUCCUGGGAGCUAAACCCGACCAAGGAGUGUAGCAUGCUCGCCCCAAGGCCCCCAGGAGCCCAGGUCUCAGGCAGCAAUCCUCGCAUACUACCCCCCCCCCCCUCCGGGAAGCCCGCACAUUAGGUUUGGGGAUCCAGAGCAGGAGUCCUUGGGCUCCUUUUAAGUGGGGACGACGGGGUGUGUUCUGUACGUCGACCCGGGGGCGAAGAGGCUCAGGUUCCUCAGUCUGAACCGCACGAAGCCCAAAGACCCGGGGCGUGCGACCUGUGCCCUGGUCUUUGAGCCCGCCGCCCUUCAGCCUCUAUUGCCUUGGACUGCGGAGGCAGGCGGAUUCGUUUCACCCUAGGCCUCCCUAGGGUCGACCGAGAGCAGGUCUGGAGCUGGGACGCAGUCACGGCCCCGCCUCCCCGCAGGGCUCAGGUUUCGACCCGAGAUUAGGUGAACUGAUUGGGGGUUAAGGGAGCGACGCCAGCUCUCGGCCGUGCUGGCUCCGGGACCCCAGCCUCCAGGCCACUGCUCGCUCGUGCACGCUCCGGGUAUCUUCUUGCUGGCCCGCGCAACCGUUGGCGCUCCUUAAAUUUGGGCACCGCGUGUUUACCAGUAAGCACGCAGUUCAGACUCAACUUCCCUAGGACAAGAUAUUUGAACUCAGAGUAACCGAGGGUCCAAACAUCCGUCCAGCGGCUGGCCACCAUGCCGCGCUCAUUCCUGGUCAAGAGCAAGAAGGCGCACAGCUACCACCAGCCGCGCUCUCCGGGGCCGGACUACUCCCUGCGCCUGGAGGCCGUGCCCGCGCCGGGCAGAGCAGAGGGCGGCGCUGUGAGUGAAGGCGAGUCGAAGAUGGAGCCCCGAGAGCGUUUGUCCCUCGACUCUCAGCUUACCGAGGCUCCCGACGGAGCCUCCGCGUCCCCCAACAGCUGCGAAGGCAGCGUUUGUGACCCGAGCUCUGAGUUUGAGGACUUGUGGAGGCCUCCUUCUCCCUCCGUGUCUCCAGCGUCGGAGAAGUCGUUGUGCCGCUCUCUGGACGAAGCCCAGCCCUACACACUGCCUUUCAAGCCCUAUGCGUGGAGCGGCCUUGCGGGCUCUGACCUGCGGCACCUGGUGCAGAGCUACCGGCAGUGCAGCGCGCUGGAGCGCAGCGCCGGCCUGAGCCUCUUCUGCGAGCGCGGCGCGGAGCCUGGCCGCCCGGCCGCGCGCUACGGCCCGGAGCAGGCUGCGGGCGGAGCAGGUGCGGGACAGCCCGGGAGCUGCGGCGCCACCGGAGGCGCCAGCAGCGCUGUAGGCCUGGGGCUCUACAGCGACUUCGCGCCUGCAGCGGCCGGGCUGUACGAGCGGCCGAGCACAGCAGCAGGCCGGCUGUACCAAGAUCGCGGCCACCACGAGCUGCACGCGGACAAGAGCAUGGGCGUCAAGGUGGAGUCGGAGCUGCUGUGCACCCGCCUGCUACUGGGCGGCGGCUCCUACAAAUGCAUCAAAUGCAGCAAGGUGUUCUCCACACCCCACGGGCUGGAGGUGCACGUGCGCCGGUCCCACAGCGGCACGAGACCCUUUGCGUGUGAGAUGUGCGGCAAGACCUUCGGGCACGCGGUGAGCCUGGAGCAACACAAGGCCGUGCACUCGCAGGAGCGCAGCUUCGACUGUAAGAUCUGUGGCAAGAGUUUCAAGAGGUCAUCCACACUGUCCACACACCUGCUCAUUCACUCGGACACCCGGCCCUAUCCCUGUCAGUACUGUGGCAAGAGGUUCCACCAGAAGUCAGAUAUGAAGAAGCACACCUUCAUCCACACCGGUGAGAAGCCCCACAAAUGUCAGGUGUGUGGCAAAGCCUUCAGUCAGAGCUCCAACCUCAUCACGCACAGCAGGAAGCACACAGGUUUCAAGCCCUUUGGCUGCGACCUGUGUGGGAAGGGCUUCCAGAGGAAGGUGGAUCUCAGGAGGCACCGAGAGACUCAGCAUGGACUCAAAUGAGUGCCCUGGCAGUCCACAGCACCAGCAGAGUAACACUACUGUGAGGGAUGUCUUCCCUGGUUCCCUUCAGCCCCUUCGCAGGCAGGCCCUCGUGGUUACGCCCCUUCACCUUCCUUCCUGAAGCUGUUGGAGGUGAUGAACUCUUGUUCUAAGGUCAACCCAGAGUGGGAACCUCAACAGUGCUUUGGGCUUCCCUACAGCUGAAGAUGGGGAUCCAAUGAGAUCUUGUACUUCCCAGUUCUUCCCCUUUCUGCCGGCUCACAGGCCAGAAAGGACGCUGGGCAGCUGCUAAAAGAGGAGGCGUCCCUUAAGCUUUGGACACCACUGAUGCUUCUAUUGAGAAAGAAUGAACAGUACUUUUUUCUUCUUCUGGGGAAACUGCUGACCCCUUUGUCCUCCACCAGACACUGGUUUAAGGAAGGAACCUCAUUCCUUUGAAGUCAUCAGAUGCACCAUCAAAUCUGCAGGGUGGGGGCGGGGUGGGGGUGAGGGAAGCAGACUCAGUGAUGAGAGGGAGUCAGAGCUCCUGUGGUGUUUUCAGAGGAGGUGAAACUGUGGAGCAGCUCCCUGGAACAGGCCCUUCUGUUACUCAGCGAGUGAUUAUUGGCUACAGGUUAUCAGAGUAAGGAACCCUGUUAGAUAUCGGAGAGAUUAAAGCCAUAGCCCCUAAUCCCCAAAAGCUAUCAGUCGGACAUCAACAUAGCUAGGCCCUGUGUUCUGCGCCUCCAAGGGAGUUCUGAAGAAGACUACAUGAACAUUUGGACUUCUUUUAGACAAUUCUGGAGUUUUUCAAGUGUAAACAAAUAGGAACUGGAGGAUUAUUUCUAAAAUUCAUGAGCAAAUCCAGUUUUUAUUGUUAGGUGGAAUUUUAUAAGAUGCCUGAGCUGGUAGAUGUGGGGCAAAGGCUGUGGCCUCAACACCUGCCUUCCUUCGAGGGUUGUAAAUGUUUCUAAAUCUUCUUGAGUGCAUUAUGUAUUAGCAUAAUCAUAUUUAUUAGAAUGUUGUUUUAACUUAAUAAAGUACUAAGAUUAC